CAGCACAAUAGGUUGAAAAUUACUAAUAAUGAGAUCGGGAAUACAGAAAACAACCUGUCUAAGCCAACCGCAAAGACAGGAAAAAUGGAGUAGUUGGUGCCUUCUUGGAGUCGCUUCAAAAAGUGUCAACCGGCGAAGUCAAAUAGAAGUACUAAUCUAAACAAAUUCCCCUAUUUUCUUCUUUCAAUUCCAUCUGUAAAAAUCAAAUCAAAUUAAAUCAAACCAAAUCAAAUCGAAGAGAGAAGAGAGGGAUUUAUCUCCAGUCGUUGAUUUGGAGUAAAGAUGGGGCUUCUAAUUCAUACAGUAGUAGUUGGAGGAGGAGGAGGAGCAUCCAUGGAUUCAUUGAGCUCCAAAGCAGCUUCAAUGCGAGAAUCACUUCAGAAAAGUCAGACUAUUACUGAUAAUAUCGUCUCUAUUUUAGGUUCUUUUGACCAUCGUCUCUCUGCACUUGAAACCGCCAUGCGUCCUACUCAGAUUAGAACGCAUUCAAUUCGGAGAGCUACUGAUAAUAUUGACCGCACUUUGAAGUCUGCUGAAGUCAUUCUAUCCCAAUUUGACCUUAGUCGUCAGGCUGAGGCCAAAGUACUGAAAGGACCACAUGAAGAUUUGGAAAGUUAUUUAGAAGCUAUUGAUCAUCUUCGAAGCAUCAUUCGAUUUUUUGCUAGCUGUAAAGGGUUUAGGAAUAAUGAAGGUGUGGUCAAUCAUGUAAACGGUUUACUAUCAAAGGCAACUCUUAAACUGGAGGAGGAAUUCAAACAACUACUAUCAUCAUACAGUAAGCCUGUUGAACCAGAUCGCCUUUUUGAAUGUCUUCCCAACUCGAUGCGACCUUCAUCUGGUUCAAAUGGUGAUCAGGCUGAUUCAAGUUCCAAGACGCAUGGUGAAUCUAAAAGCUCAGAGAAUGCUGUUUAUACCCCACCCGCUCUGAUACCUCCUCGCAUACUUCCUUUGCUGCAUAAUUUAGCACAACAAAUGGUUCAUGCUGGGCAUAGUCAACAAAUACUCAAAAUUUACAGAGAUACCCGUGCUUCAGUAUUAGAGCAAAGCCUUCGAAAAUUGGGUGUGGAAAAGCUUAGUAAAGAAGAUGUUCAAAAAAUGCCGUGGGAGGUUUUGGAGGCUAAGAUUGGCAAUUGGAUCCAUUUCAUGCGGAUUGCUGUUAAACUUCUUUUUGCUGCUGAGAGAAAAGUUUGUGAUCAGAUAUUUGAAGGCAUUGAUACCCUCAGGGAUCAAUGCUUUGCUGAUGUUACUGGAAGUAGUGUUGAGCUAUUACUUAGUUUUGGAGAUGCUAUAGCCAAAAGUAAAAGGUCCCCAGAGAAGCUCUUUGUACUACUUGACAUGUAUGAAAUAAUGCGAGAAUUGCAUUCAGAGAUUGAAUUGCUUUUCAGUGGUAAAGCUUGUGCAGAAAUGCGAGAUUCUGCAUUAGGUCUUACAAAGCGCCUUGCACAGACUGCCCAAGAAACGUUUGGUGAUUUUGAAGAAGCUGUUGAAAAAGAUGCAACAAAAACGGCAGUUUCUGAUGGAACUGUUCAUCCUCUGACAAGCUAUGUGAUCAAUUAUGUGAAAUUUCUGUUUGACUACCAAUCGACCUUGAAGCAACUCUUCCAAGAGUUUGAGGAGGCAAAAGAUGCAAACUCUCAGCUAGCCAGUGUGACUAUGCGAAUAAUGCAGGCUCUUCAAACCAAUCUUGAUGGCAAAUCCAAACAAUAUAAAGAUCCCGCGUUGACACACUUGUUUUUAAUGAAUAACAUUCACUAUAUUGUAAGAUCUGUUCGCAGAUCGGAAGCUAAAGAUCUUUUGGGUGAUGAUUGGGUGCAAAGGCAUCGAAGAGUUGUUCAGCAGCAUGCAAAUCAAUACAAACGAAUCGCAUGGGCGAAGAUUCUGCAAUCACUCUCCGCACAAGGGUUAACCUCAUCAGGGGGAGGGGGAGGUAGUGGAGUUGCAGCUGAUGGGGGAAAUAGUAGUGGAGCAUCAAGAGCGUUAAUUAAAGACAGGUUUAAAGCUUUUAAUCUGCAAUUUGAAGAGCUUCAUCAGAGACAAUCUCAGUGGACAGUUCCUGAUACAGAAUUGCGCGAGUCUCUGAGACUUGCCGUUGCAGAAGUCUUGCUUCCUGCAUAUCGAUCAUUUGUCAAACGUUUUGGGGCGUUAGUCGAGGCUGGGAAGAACUCUUCGAAAUACAUCAGAUUCACACCAGAAGAUUUGGAAAGAAUGUUGGGGGAGUUCUUUGAGGGUAAGACUUUAAAUGAGCCUAAGAGGUAGAGUUGAAAUGUAUAGAAAUCUUUGUAGAAGAUUUUUGGUUUCCUUGUAAAUUUGUACGAGGAACUAUUGAACAUUCGAUUUACUUGGUUUGAGUAAAAAAAGUUAUAAGAUGUCGAAGUGGUGUGUAUCUUCCUCUACUCUCCUUGUCUGAAUCAAUUAGUAUUUGUACUUGCAAAAUAUUAUUUCAAAUUCUUAUGGAACAAAGUUUCUGCUUAUUCCUUCCUUGAAA